GCAUCUACUAUUUUGCUAAAAUAAAUUCUUUUCUCAAUUUUUCCUUUCUAUAUACUUUCUGUUGUUCGUUGCUUUUUAGAGUUCUGACAGUCGGUUAACCUAAGUUUUAUUCAGUUGUUUUUUUGGCUUUUUUGCGGCAUUUAAAGUUUGUAGAUAAAUUAUAUUCAACUAAUUAUAGAAAAGUUGAAAACAAUAAAUAAUGACUGAAGCGAUGCAAGAAAUUUUUAAUUCUUUCCAAGAUUAUCUAACCAAUGAACAGGAUUUACGAGAGGAAAUUCGUAAAACUGUAAAAGAAAUUGAAAAAACCGGAAGAGAAAUUCUGAUGAUUCUUCAGAAUAUUCACAAUGAAAAUAAAGAAGAAAAUAUAAUCGUCUCUCAAUAUUGUGCCAAAGCUCGCGAAUUAUUUGAAAAUGUUCGUACAAAUUAUGCAAAAUUGGCAGAAAUUGUACCAAAGGAUCAAUAUUACAGAUAUCACGAUCAGUGGCGAAUAGCAACACAGAGACAUUGUUUUCUCGCUGCGCUUACUGUUUAUUUGGAGAUUAAAGUUCUUGUCACUAAAGAUACUGUCGCCGAAAUUAUCGGAGUUAAAUCAAAAGCACAAGAUGGAUUUCAUCUCGACGUUGAAGACUUUCUAAUGGGUUUACUUCAAUUAGCUUCAGAAUUGGUUCGUUUCGCAGUGAAUAGCGUAACAAACGGUGAUUUCAAUCGACCUGUGGAAAUUGCUCGCUUCGUCAGCGAAUUGAACGCUGGAUUUCGUCUCUUGAACUUGAAGAAUGAUUCUCUUCGUAAACGUUACGAUGCUCUAAAAUAUGAUGUAAAGAAAAUUGAGGAAAUCGUUUACGAUCUAAGAAUUCGUGGACUGAAACCAGAAAAUGUAGUUGAAGCUCCUCCUCAGGAAAUGGAGUAACUUUUUUUUCAAAUUUCAAGUUUAAUUUUUCACAUGAAACUUUUUCUUGAUAUUGUAUUAAAGUCUGAUCAUUCUAAUUUUUCACAUCGAUAGAUUGUAAGUUGUCUUCGAAGGAUUAAAAAAAAAAGAAACAUAAAUUGCGAGAAAUAAUUUCUAAAUGUCAAUUUUUUUUCUUUAUUUUUUUACAUUUUUGUAUGAAAAACUUGCCUUUUUUAAUACCAAAUUGGUAUAAAAGGUAUACAAUUAAGACAAUGGUACUACAAUAAUUUCUAUAUAUUUAAUGAAUAAGAAUUAUAUUAAGUAAUAUAAAUUUUCCUAUAAAGUUCAAUAUUAUUUUGACAAUGGAAAUUAUCGUAGUUUAGGUAGCAACAGAUAAAAGUUGUAUUUAAAUGAAAAAUGUUACAUUGUCUAGUCUUUCAGGUUUUAAACUUGAAGUAAAGAUAUUUUUACAAAA